AUGCCACCUCAUAAUAACCGAAAUAAUGGGCAGGACAACUCGUUUAUGGACCAGUUUACCCGGAUGGCAAAUGGAGAAAUUCCAAUAUUGCCACUUCCAGCUAACAUGGACGAGGCUAUGGGCAAUAUGGUGGACUAUUUGCAUGAAAUAUGUGAUACGCACGGAAACCAACUAAAGGAAUGCAGUAAGGUGAUAAACCAGGAGGCAGAACAAAUUAAGAUGCUACAGCAAAGUUAUAACUGCACACAGGAAGGUUUGGAUAGUUUGAUAGUGGAGCAAAAUGAAACACACUCGUGGUAUGAAGAAGAGAGCCGGAAGCAGAAGGAAACAACUGAAAAAAUGAUUGCAUCUUUGACCACAAAGAUGGAAAAACGUGAGGCGGAGAUGGACAAGAGGGUUUCUGUGUUGGAGACAGCAAGCAAGCGGGAGAGCAAGAAGCUGAACGACAGAAUUUCUGCCAUGGAAAAGAAGCAGGAGAAGAUGGCAAAAGCUCUUAAUGAACGUAUGUCGAAGUUAGAUGAGAAGAUGAUAAGAACUCUUGAUGAGCGUAUGUUGAAGUUAAAUGAGAAGAUGGUAAAAACUCUUGGUGAGCGUAUGUCGAAAUUAGAUGAGAAGAUAUCGCGACAGAAUAAGCAAAAGAUCGAGGAAGAAGAAAAUAAGAACAAACAGAUCAUUGCAGUUCCACACCCCAGAAUUGAAGAUCAAAAUGGUAAGAAUACAGAGCUUACGAACCAAAUUUCGAACGCAGAAGAAAACGCUCAAAAUCUCCUGUUAGAGUACAGAAAACUUGAAGAAUGCUUGAAGAGUAACAAGGGUUUAACAGCUCAGACGGCGGAACUCCUUACCAAAUUCUUGCAGGAGACGAAGAAGUGGACGGAUGAAAUCGUAGUUUGGUUUUCCGCUUUAGAUAGGUGGAAGAUGGAAGAUAAAAAGGGGAAGGAAGCCCUUGGGAAGGUUGUUAAGGAGGAGUUUAAAGGCAUGAAGGAGUUAAUGGAGAAAUUCACAAAAGCAGAGACAAAAUCCAAUAUAGAAGCACUUGGAAAGUUGACGAGAACCGAGAACAAGGCACUAAGAGAUUUACUCGAGCGUAAUAUCAAGAGCGAUAUUAAAGGCACAAAAGAUGCAGUAGAAAAGGUUAGGAAAGUGGUGGAGUCAAAUCAGACGACUACAGACUCCGUCGGUAUUUCGGUUUCCACAUUGGCAAAGACACUACUAGAGAAAAACUCUAAGCUGAACACGACUGUGGAAAAACAGACAACAGUGCAGGAAAAGAAGUUAAGUAAGAUAAACGAGACGUUGACAAGACUUGAGAAGACGACGAUUACGCAGCAGCAUGAGGAGCAGAUCAAGAAAAUGGACGAUUUGUUGGCAAGACUGGACAAAGACAAGCAGAAGGAAAAGAUGGAUAAAAUAGAAAAGGACCUUGGAGAGAUCAAGGAGCUAAAAGCGAUGAUCAAGGGGUUGGUUGAGUCACAGAAGAAGCAAGAAGAGCAGGUUGCCAGCAUGAAAUUGGCAGCAAGCACACAAAUUCCAGGAAACAGCAUUUUGAAUGGUCCCAGUACUUUAAGUGGUGCUGGAUCUCUAGAUGGACUUUGUGAUUGGUCUUACUUUAUGCAGAAUGCACCACCGGGAUUCCCUAUGGGUUCCCAGCAGCCUUCUCCAUACAAUAAUCCAGGUUUUAAUGGCAUGGGUGGCCCACCUGGCCUCAGUAACACUGGCUUUCCACCAGGUUUACUAGGAAGUGCUUUAGGAUCUGCUACUGCCAAACUUCGAUCCGAACAGUCGUUACAGCCAUUAUCUGCAACUCCAGAUUCGGCAAAAUCAUCAAAUACAAGUGCGUCAUCGGUAAAGAAUGAUUCAAAAACGAAAAAAUAA